GAUUUUUUUAUUAUCUUUUUGUUGACAGUUCAAGAUGGAAAUGGCUCAAAAUGACUCAAGCAAUACACCCAAGAGUUACUCCCUGAAUAUGUUUAGAUUUGUUCCAAUGUGUGUUGUUUCUGAAUCUAACCAAGGGAAAUUUUCAUUGGAAGGAAAGGUGGAACAUAAAUUUGACAUGGAACCUCAUAGUGAAAACUUUGGGGAGUAUGGUAAACUGUGCCGUGAAAGGACCAACAAAGCUAUGAUAAAAACUAGACAAGUGCAGGUAAUUGACAAUGAUCACGGAGUACUUAUGAGGCCUAUGCCUGGUAUGGUUGGCUUGGUUCCAUCUGGUUCUAAGGACAAGAAGAAGGCAACACCAACAAAAGGAUCUGAUGUGAAACGAACACGUAGAGACCGUCGGGAACUGGAGAACAUUAUCUUUAAACUCUUUGAAAGGCAGCCAAAUUGGGCAUUGAAACAGUUGGUACAAGAGACAGAUCAACCUGAGCAAUUCUUGAAAGAGAUACUAAGUGAUCUCUGUGUUUACAACAAGAGAGGACCAAAUCAAGGGACCCAUGAACUUAAGCCAGAAUACAAGAAAUCCACUGAGGAAGUCGAUACUGCAUAAGAUCCAUUUUGUUGCUUCCAGAAUGCUUGUGUGAACCAUGAUGCUCAAAGAUGAAAAACCUUUUUCCUCAAGAACCUCGCAUAUGAUGACCAUUGAUUUCUGCUUGAAACAAUAUUCGCUGCAAAAGAAAUUGGUUAAUUUCAACUUUUCACCAUACAAAUUCAAGUGCUCUCGUAAUCACUCUGCAGACAGAUGUACCGUGUUUCCUUUAUCAGUUACAACAGAUCCCCCACUUGGUGCAACCAUUGUUGAUUGAUGCAAAGACAUUGCUGAUAGUGUGAUUUUAUUAAGUUUCUAUGAUUGGACGGCUACAGAAAACGACUGGAAGUUUAGUGGAUCCAAAAACGGUCAUAUGCUUGAACCUUUUUCUUUGAAAUUAGAAUGUCGAAUUGAAUUUUGCCAUCGUAGUCAUGACAAAACUUUGAAGUCAGGCUUUAGAGGUAUUUUAUUGCAGGGAGAAGAAUCUCUUUUGUUUUUAGAGAUGUGAAACAAAAAUACGGCUCAAGAAUUAGUUCUCCAUUUUGUCCAAUGAGAGUCCUGAUUUAUAUCUAAGAAUAGUUGUCUAUUUGGUCGUAUUUUGGUGUUGCUUGUACUUCUGAAUUAAUUCCCUAUUUGGUCCGAUGAGGCUUUUUUUUUUCUU